GCAGGAGUCGCUCCGACUGAACGCAGCACUUUUGACUCCGUCUGGACGGGAUGUUCCUCAGAGGCUGAUCAUCGCGUGUUCUCGUGGAACCUUCAGUGUUUUGGUUUGGAGAAUGAAGUAAAUCUUCCAGGAACUCUGUCAUGGCUGUCCAGGCUGGCAUCCAGGUUUGCUUCGGUGAGAAGUUUGAUUCCCCCUUGCUGAGUCCCAGGGGUCCUCGGAGCCCAUUAGGACAGCGGCACGGUCCCGGCCUCACCAACGUCUUUGAGUACGACCAGUGGCUCACGGUGCGCCAUGAAGCCACACUGGUGCCCAUGCAGGAGGAUCUGUCCAUCUGGCUCACCGGCAUGUUGGGAGAGGAGGUGAAAGCAGAGUUUUUCAUGGAGGAACUGAAUAACGGCGUGAAGCUCUGCCAGCUCAUCGCAGCCUUGCAGAACAAGGUCGCCCAGAGCUGCCCCUCUGCUCUCUGCAAGCUUUUUCCCACCAGAAAAGUUGCGUGCAAGCUGGACGCCUCUCCAGGUUCCUUCUUCGCUCGCGACAACACAGCCAACUUCCUGGCCUGGUGUCGACACAUCGGCGUGGAGGAGACCUACCUGUUCGAGUCCGAGGGCCUCGUUCUGCACAAGGAGCCUCGGCAGGUUUGCCUCUGUCUGCUGGAGAUCGGCCGCAUCGUCUCCAAGUACGGCGUGGAGCCUCCCGUCUUGGUGAAGCUGGAGAAGGAGAUCGAGCUGGAGGAGACGCUGCUGAUGACCGAGGAGCCUCCUGCGGCCGUCAAAACCUUCAGCGUGUGCUGCCAGCACGGCGCCCUCUACCAGCCCGAGGACCACAGCCUGGACGAGCAGGUCUGCAGCUGCUCCAACAGGGUCUCCAUCGAGUACCUGUCUGAGGGACGCUACCGACUCGGAGACAAGACCAUCUUCAUCAGGAUGCUUCAUGGAAAACACGUGAUGGUGCGGGUGGGCGGCGGCUGGGACACGCUGCGCGGCUUCCUGUCCAAGUACGACCCGCUGCGGGUGCUGCAGUUCACCACCCUGGAGCAGAAGAUCCUGGCCUUUCAGAAGGGCUCGCCAGGUCUGGGGGGUCAGCAUGGCAGAGCCGCGCCGCCCCCUCCUCCUGACAUGGACCCCCUCGCAGCCGUCGAUGACCUCAUCUCCUCAUCUUCCUCCUCCAGCUCAUCUUCGUCGUCUUCCUCCGGCUCGGCCUGCAAAGCGUCUGCAGCCGCCGCUGGUCUGAUGUGUCGCUCCUACACCCCCUCCCCCGCCGGCACGCCAACGCUGCCACGGAAAGGUUUGGUGUCUGCACCGAAGAAGAACCUCCUGACGCCCCCCUCCUCCCCCAGGAAGCCCACCCAGCUCCCUCUGCCCAUCGGCACCAAAGGCUCUUCCUGUCUGCCCUCCACUCCAGUGGGGAGCUCCUGCAAACAGCCCCCCAGCCCGGGGGCUCAGGGGGUGCAGCGCAGAGCUCUGACUCCAUCAGCUGCUCCCCCCAAUCCAAGCUCCUCCUCCAGACUGAAGGUCCGACCUCACGGUGCCACCUCCCAUCCCAGGAGCCCCAUCUGUCCUGAGCCGUCCUCCAAAUGCCCCAAACCCUCCAGCCCCUGCACCUCUCCCAUUGCGGCCCCCGUCCCAACACCCUUACCCCCACCUACCCCUAACGAUGCCCGGCCCCCCUCGGGCGCCAGCCAGCGCUCUCGCCUCGCCCAGCGGCGCCCUGGCUCUCCGGCAUCGCGCCUCCGCCUAGAGGCGUCCAGGCGAGCGAGGACACAGAGAACUGCCACAACAACGUCCUCACAGCCCCGGACCCCCACCCCCUCCUCACGGACCGCCUCCCCAGCACCGGUACAACCCUCCACAUUAAAGAGCAAAGACACCACAGCUAAAAGCAAGGUACCGGUCUUAAACAGGGCCGCUGCAGCCCCCGGGGGCAGCACGGGCCCCUCGAGCACCAGCAAAGCCAAUCAGAAAGCAGCGGUCACAGCACAGAGGGGGGGUCGCAAACAGGGAGCCGCAGCGCCCCCCAACCACACAAAGGCCUCCCUGCAACAUGAACAGGGUCGAGCCGCAGCCUCACAGAAAAGCUCCGGGGUCAAACCUGCCGACACCAAGACCCCCCAGAACAAAGGCAGGGGGGAGGAGCCUUACUUUGAAAUGAGCAGUAAGAGGAAGCAGAAAACGUAACGCUUCACCUGAACCAACCGCCCCGACUGUCGGUUUUCUGUUUCUCUGGUGUUAGUGAACGUUUCAGCAGAAUCUGUUGGUCUGUCGUCUCCGAGACUCGUUGACGUUUUUCAAUCUUCACUUUUUAACCUCGCAUGCAGAA